AUGGCUCCUAAUUUAGCUCCAUCGACUCCGGAGUUCAUCCGUGACAUGAUCCUAAGCAAGGAACUUAAGCCAUCUCAGAUUGCCAACGCCGCUGACUGCCAGGGGAACGGUAGGGAGCUGAAUCUGGCGACGAUGGAAACUAUUCUGGACCAGCGGUUUGAGAGUAAAUUAGAAGGUUAUGGUGAGCAAGGUGAGCUGGAAGGUGACGAGGGUGAUUCUACACCCGCCAAGGCCUACGUGUAUCUGCCAGAACGUGUGGAAAUGAUGCCGGAAACGGCCUCACUAGCUGUCAUUUUUGGCGUCGAUUCCACGGGUACUCACACUCUACCUGUAAUUACCAAGUACAUUAUUUUACCCGAGAAUAGAGAAUAUUUAGACUUGAUCAGGAAUCGGAAAACAAACACCGCUAGAAAAAGGUGA